CCCCCCAACCACCGCUGACUCUAACAUUUCACCCUCCGCUCUCCGCCGCGACUCUUUUUCUCUCUCUCUCUCUCUCUCUCUAACUCCUAAACUAAACCCACUUUGCUUCUCCGCAAAUCCUUUCACUCUGUGAUCUCUCUCCACCGGAUUUUGAGGGUUUCGUCCUUAUAUAGUUCGCGGCUAAUGGAAAACCCGACAGCGGCGCCGCCACCACCCAUUGAAUCCCCACCCCAAUCGAAAAAUACCCAAAUGACCUCCGCAAUUACCCAAUUGCCCGAUGACCCCGUCGCCUCUUCCUCGCUCUUUGAUUGGUCCGACUUCCUGGAGUUCAACCUCGACGAUCAUCUCAACAUCUCAUUCGAUUCCUCCGAGCAGCAGCCGAAUUUCCCCUCUCCCCAACCGCCGAUUACGGAGGCUGAUCCGGGUCGGGUGAGGAAGAGAGACCCGAGGUUGGUGUGCUCUAACUUUCUGGCCGGCAGGAUCCCUUGUGCCUGCCCGGAGUUAGAUGAGCAGCUAGAGGAGGAGGAGCUGGCGGCUCUGGGGUCUGCCGGGAAGAAGAAGCCCCGUACGGCCCGAGCUUCUGCUGCCGGGCAGUCCAGUGCCAGGUGUCAAGUGCCUGAUUGUGAAGCUGAUAUUAGUGAGCUCAAAGGUUAUCAUCGGAGACACCGGGUUUGCCUUAGCUGUGCUAACGCCGCAUCUGUGGUUCUUGAUGGGGAGAGCAAGAGAUAUUGUCAACAAUGUGGCAAGUUUCAUGUUUUAUUGGACUUUGAUGAAGGUAAACGAAGUUGUAGAAGGAAACUAGAGCGUCAUAACAAUAGGCGCAGAAGAAAAUCUGCUGAUUCAAAAGGCUCUGCUGAGAAAGAACCUCAGCAGGUUUUAGUAGCCGAUGAGGGUGAUUUUGAUGAGGACUCUAGCAAAGAUGGCACCGGCAUGGGCAGCCAAAUCAUUGAAAGAGAUGUACUAUUGGAGUCUGAAGGGCAUUUAUCAACACUUUGCUCCACUAUAGGUUCCCAAACUAUCCAAAGUGAUAGCAUCAGGCCUUUUGCCGCUUCUGGUGAAGAACAGAGUGAAAAAGAGAAAGAAAACCUAAAAUACACUCAUUCUCCAUCUUAUUGUGACAAUAGGAGCGCACUUUCUUCUGUGUGCCCUACUGGUCGGAUCUCUUUCAAGCUUUAUGACUGGAACCCUGCAGAGUUCCCACGACGACUACGGCACCAAAUUUUUCAAUGGUUGGCCAGCAUGCCUGUUGAAUUGGAGGGAUAUAUUCGUCCUGGUUGCACAAUUUUGACACUAUUCAUUACAAUGCCACACUUCAAAUGGGCUAAGUUGUUAGAAGAACCAGCUAUACAGUUGCGAGACCUUAUGCUCUCACCAGGAAAUAUGCUCCAUGGAAGAGGCACCUUUCUUAUUUAUCUGAAUAACAUGGUGUUUCGUGCUACAAAGGGUGGGACAUCAAUAAUGAAAGUCAAGUUAAAAGGAAAAACUCCAAAGCUCUACUAUGUGCAUCCUACCUGCUUUGAGGCUGGUAAACCCAUGGAGUUCUUCGUAUGUGGAAGCAAUCUACUUCAAUCCAAAUUUCGGUUUCUAGUAUCAUUUUCUGAGCAGUAUUUGGCAAAUGAUUUUCGGGUUUCAUCAUGUUGUAAGAUUGAAGGGGAUUCUAUUAGUUUAGACCAUCAGUUGUUAAAGGUCAAUGUUCCUCAAACAAAUGCAGAUCUAUUCGGCCCUGCAUUUAUUGAGGUUGAAAACGAGUGUGGCUUAUCCAAUUUCGUUCCUAUUCUCAUUGCCGACAAGGAUAUAUGUGCAGAAAUGGGGAGGAUGUUAGAAAAGUUAAAUAGGUCUCUUAACCCUAGAGGACAACAAUUUGCAUCCAGUUGUCCUUCAUGUGAACAUUCCAAUUUAAGGGACACAGAAUUAUCAGAUUUUAUGCUGGAUGUCGCAUGGUUGUUAAGGGAGCCUGUAGUAGAGAGUACUCAGCUUUUGACUUCUACUCUAAUACAAAGAUUCAGACGGUUGUUAAACCUUUUGAUAGAAAAUGAGUCAACUUCAAUACUAGAAAGAGCUUUGAGUAACAUUAAAAUAGUGAUGGACAACGGUUCAGAUGCUGGCAUUGCUGAAUCUGAACUGAAUAUAUUCCGUGGUACUUUGGAUGCUGCACACACAUUCCUUUCUCAAAGAUUAAUAAAUGUGAGAGAAUCUCUUGUUGGGAGUUGUGCCACGGAUGCAAGGAGAGAAAAGUCCUUGACUCAAAUCUACAAAAAUGAAAUGCAACCUGUAAUUCCAGCUAUAAAUCAGGAUCUGGAGAAUAAUAUGUGCAAGUCAGAGUCGAGAUUGACAUUCGUUGAUGAUAGCUCAACAGCUCCGUUGUUGACCAUGACAAGCUUGAAUCUCAAAGAACGGCCAUGGAAGUCAUGCAGCCCUUCAUUUGGGAAGACGGUUCUGACUUCUCGUCCCCUUGUGUUUGCGAUCACGGCUAUGGCUGUUUGUUUCGGAGUAUGUGCCGUUGCUCUUCACCCCAGCUCAGUGGGUGAAUUCACCACAACAAUCCGGCGCUGCCUGUUCGACAACUCAUAGCUCUGAGACUCUGCCUGAAUCAUUCAUGUAUCAUAAAGUCCAUUUCUAUGAUACCAUUCAAUUCUUAUAAUUCAAAACAGUAAUGAGUAAGUAGUAGAUGAAGCCUCCUGCAGCCCCCUGCUUCCUGCUUCCCUGAUGUACCAUAUCAACCGUUAGCUGACAACAAUUUUUUACUUUUGAUUUUUUUCUUUUUUUGGAAAGUCUGUAUAAUUAAAAUCCUCUUGGUUUUUGGUUGGCUUUAUAGUCCAAUGUUGAUUUUCUAAAAAUUGUUUUUAAUAGUGUUGAAAUAAGCAUUCAUUGUUAGUUGACGUUAUUUUA